AUGGAGUACAUCUAAAAAAUGAUAAGACCAUUUACAGAUCGCUCUAAUUACUAUGUUAACUAAUCUAAUACUUUCAAGAGAAAAGAAUCAAAACACACUCAUGAUCCAUAAUAAGUUUUGCUCUAUAUCAAGCAGAUCUUUUUUGCUCUCCAAACAUAACAGGUUAAUAUUGUAUACUAAUCAUUUUAGAAUGUCAACAUGUCUUUUCUUAAUCCAAACUAUUUUCUAGAUAUUCAAUCUGAUCUGAAUCCAGAGAUGAGAGCUUAAAUGGUAUUUAUUUCGAUAUAACACUUCUAGAUAGAUGAAAUUCAUAAGCUUUGUACUGCACAUAAGGCUUAAAGAAGAACAUUUCAUUAAACCAUUUAUUUACUAGAUGUGUAUUUAAGUACAAAUAGAAUAUUUACCGCUCAAAUUGAUUCCAUAUAUAAAACUUGUUAUUUUAUUGCUUCAAAAUAUGAAGAAGUAUUUUUACUCUCUUCGAAUAGAUUUAUCCUAGUCCAUUGUGGAGAUAUACACAUGAUAGAGAUGAAAUGCAAGAUAUAUUUUAAAUUGAAAAAGAAUUAUUAUCCAUCCUAGAUUUUAAAUUAGUUACAGCAUCCUCAUAUGUUUGGUUAAACUAUUAUUGGACCAUUAUUAAUAUUACUGAAAAAUCUACUAAUUGGCUUACUUAUUCUCUCUUACUUUUAGAUGUUGCUGUUUAUAAUAUUAAUAUAAUCAAAUAUGAACCAUCUAAAAUUGCUUGUGCUUCUCUUUAUACUAGUGCUAUCAUGCUAAAUAUAUAAAUCAAUUGGAAUUGUUUUGCAUCUCAAUAUGCAUUACAUUUUUAACAUGAAAUCAAAGUAUAAAUUUAUUAAACACCUAGGAAAUUUCUAAUUUAAUUAUGAUAACAUUAAAAGAGAGUGUAAAUUAAAAAAGAGAAAUUGUGAAACAUAUGUAAUUAUAAAAAGAAAGAGAUAUUUUUUGA